AUGACUCGCCGCGACGAGGCCUGUGGGCUGACUCCACAAGGGGGGUGGGCGAUCUCUUUCAAUCGCGAGGCGGCCCUUGCAGGCGCGCCUGCCGCUCACCACUUGUCCAGGGAGGUAGGCCGCUUGCGCUGCAGGGGCUGGGGGCCAGGGCGCGCGCCCAACGCGCGCGGCCAGCCCGACGCUGUCGCUGCCCAUGGAACGGAAGGUUACGAACUGAAGUCCUGGUGUGUGCGUUGUGGCGCUUUUGGGAGCGCUCGGGCCCGCCCCUACCUCUUCUCCGUCUGCCAUGUAGGUCCGCGCAAUCGCCACGCAGAGGAGUCUCUGAAGAUGCUCAAGAGAGGAGUGGACCCCAGCACUAAGAAGUAUGUUGGGAGGUCUGUUCCACUGGUGUGGCAGCAGUCAGGCUGGGCGUCCAAGGAGGCGUGA